AUGUCUCCUAGAGGUCAACAGAGCAUGAGAGGCAUGCAGCAGCAACCUAGACCACAGGGCAUGCAGCAGCAGGGCAUGCAGCAGCAGUAUCCACAGGGCAUGCCAGGUAUGCAGCAACAAGGCAUGCAGCAGCAAGGCAUGCAGCAGCAGUAUCCACAGGGCAUGCCAGGUAUGCAGCAGCAGGGCAUGCAGCAGCAAGGCAUGCAGCAGCAGUAUCCACAGGGCAUGCCAGGCAUGCAGCAGCAGGGCAUGCAGCAGCAGGGCAUGCAGCAGCAGUAUCCACAGGGCAUGCCAGGCAUGCAGCAGCAGGGCAUGCAGCAGCAAGGCAUGCAGCAGCAGGGCAUGCAGCAGCAGGGCAUGCAGCAGCAGUAUGCAGAAUCCGCAUCCUGCAAGAGGACUGUCACCAGGCCGACGUCCAGUAUCCCCGGGUGGUCGUCCUAUGUCCCCAGGGCGGCGGCCCAUGUCCCCAAGAGGGCGGCCCAUGUCUCCAGGCGGUCGUCCGAUGUCCCCGGGAAGGCGUCCUCUGUCGCCCAGAGGACGUCCAGGGUCGCCGGGCUGGCGUCCGAUGUCUCCUGGGCACCGACCGACAUCUCCGUACCAUCCGAUGUCAGGGUUGCCAUGAUUGACUUGAAUGAGGUUGGAGACGUCCAGGGAGACAUCCUGUAUGCGGUGAACUCCAACCCUCAGAGCCCUCAGAGCAAGCUUGUCGUCGUGCAGGGCAUGCCGUUGAAUCAAGUCAUUUCGUUUCUCACAGGGCCUCCUAAUACUCCGGUGCUGCUGUCUAUCCUAGAUGGAGACUUUCCCUAUCUCCCCCCCAAGAUCACUCAAGUCAUGCGGACAAUCCUCCCCACGGGAGUUCGGAAGACCGUGACAGCCAAGUCGCCAACCUCGGAGUUGGAGAAUAUGGGUACUAUGAGAACGGUGAACUAUCAGAGCUACGACCGUAUGCCGGCGAUGGGUGUUGCGCAUUGA